UUUUUUUUCACCAAAAAGUAGAGAGAGCUUUGUCAAGCAACCUCGAGGUUACUUGUGAGUUGUGAUUGCCAAAAUAAUGUGAAAAAAGAAAAAAAAAGUUCACUGUGUGGCUCUGUUCUUUCUGAUGAAUCCCAGCUAAAAGGAUACAAAAACCCAAAACAAAAAUGCUAUCUGUUUUUGGUCUGUGUCAUAAUUUCUUCUGCAACACCAUUAAACCAUAAUUGUUGUUUCCUUCUUUUUCACCUUGUUCAGCUCCACUCAGCUGGCAAAACUUUAGCAAGAUUCGAUUUUUAUCCCAAAAACUCACCAGAACAUCAAGAUUUUCCCAUCCCCCCAUCAUUCAAAAUCGAAAUUUCUUAUUUUUCCAACUAAAUCUAAACCAAUUACAGAUUUUUGUAGCUAUGGGUUUUGAUGGAGCUCGAGUCUUCAUCUUCCUGAUCCUCUGCUCCACGGCAGCAGCAGCUAAUCCUGAACCCCUCAACUGUACGGAUACCACCCGCUUGUGCACGUCCUUUCUAGCAUUCAAGCCCACUUCGAACCAAACCCUACCAGUAAUUCAGAGCAUGUUUGAUGUCUUGCAAGAGGACAUCACGGUUGAAGGCAACGGCAGAGAUUACAUUUUCGUGAAAAAGAACUGUUCUUGCGCCGUGGGCUUGAGAGCGUACUUGACGAACACGACCUUCACGGUGAGGGCCGAUAAUGGGUCCGUUUAUGAUCUGGUGAUGGAUUCGUAUGAUGGGCUGGCCUAUUUCCCUUCGAAUUACACGAGGCCCGCUAGGCAAGGCUCGGUGGUGGCUCUGAAGCUCGUGUGUGGCUGCUCGAGUGGGCUUUGGAAUUAUCUCAUGAGCUAUGUGAUGCAGGAUGGGGAUAGUGUGGAGUCUUUGGCUAGUAGAUUUGGGGUUAGUAUGGAUAGUAUUGUGGCCGUUAACGGGAUUCCGGGCCCGGAUAAUGUGACUGUUGGGUCGCUGUAUUAUAUACCAUUGAAUUCUGUUCCUGGUGAGCCUUAUCCCAUAAGAAACGACACACUCCCGGUUCCAGCUCCAGCGCCAUCUGCUUCUGCUGAUAACUUUGUGGCAGCCAAUCACGUGGGCCACAAGACUCGCGUACCUUACUGGUGGAUCAUUGGAAGUCUUGCUGGCGGUUUAGUUGUUAUUGUUGUUUUGGUGCUUCUUUUUAUUUCUUUAAGGUCAUCCGGCUGCCUCACACGUGCCCAAGAAAAUCGGCCAAAGAAUUCUAAUGGGAAAAUCUCGCACAAAUUCCAUAUUUUACGGAACACUAGCUUUUGCUGUGCCUCACGAAGGUCUAGGGAAUGGGACCACGCGAGGGGGGAAUCUAGUAAUCGUCACCUCCCGACAGUUAUCGGGACUGAUGUUUUUGACGUGGAGAAACCGGUGGUUUUCACAUAUGAAGAUAUAUUAUCUGCAACAGAUGGGUUUUCUGAUUCUAAUCUUUUGGGGCAUGGAACCUACGGUUCAGUAUAUUAUGGCCUUCUUCAAGACCAGGAAGUCGCUAUAAAAAAGAUGACAGCCACAAAAACUAAAGAGUUUAUGGCAGAGAUGAAAGUUCUCUGCAAAGUUCACCACACCAAUUUGGUAGAGUUGAUCGGUUAUGCAGCUAGUGGGGACGAACUAUUUCUCAUAUAUGAAUUUGCUCAAAAGGGCCCUCUCAGGAAUCACUUGCAUGAUCCCCAGAGCAAAGGUCAUACUUCAUUAUCAUGGAUAACGAGGGUUCAAAUAGCUCUAGAUGCUGCUAGAGGCCUUGAGUAUAUACACGAGCACACUAAACCUCAUUAUGUGCAUCGUGAUAUUAAAACUAGCAAUAUUUUACUUGACGGCAGCUUUAGAGGAAAGAUAUCGGAUUUUGGUUUAGCAAAACUCGUUUUGACGACUAAUGACGGUGAAGAGUCGGUCACCAGAGUAGUGGGAACGUAUGGAUAUCUAGCUCCCGAAUACUUGAGGGAUGGGCUUGCAACAAUUAAAAGUGAUGUUUAUGCAUUUGGUGUGGUGCUUUUCGAGAUGAUAUCGGGGAAGGAGGCCAUGACGAGGACUGCCGAAAGACGCUCGUUGGUAUCAAUUAUGGUGGCAGCAUUAAGAAACUCGCCCGAUUUCAUGACCAUGACAAGCUUGAAAGAUCACAUUGAUCCUAGUUUGAUGGAUUUGUAUCCUCAUGACUGUCUUUUCAAGAUGGCUAUGUUGGCAAAGCAAUGUGUGGAUGAUGACCCGAUUUUGAGGCCGGACAUGAAACAGGUCGUGAUUUCACUUUCUCAGAUCCUUUUGUCAUCGGUCGAGUGGGAAGCUACUCUUGCUGGCAACAGCCAGAUUUUCAGUGGGCUCGUGCAAGGAAGAUAGAUAAGCUUAGAAUAUUCCUUGCCGCCACUUUUUGCUCUCUACAUUUUCUUUACAAAGGCUUUUCAUAGUUCUAUUAAUGUGUAGCUUGUGUGUAUAGGGAACAGGUUUGUUAUUCGCAUGACCAACUGUCUAAAAGUCCCAUCUUUUUCCCUCCUUUCAUUUUCUGUUCUUUUUUUCUUGGUUUUACUUUUACCACCUGAUUAGUUCAUUCAAGACUUAGCUGCUAUGCACUAAAAAUUUUGUAUCUGGACUUUGGUUAGUAAAUUAUGAAUAUUGCUACAAAAUUUUUACUUGGUUUUUAUAGUAAAUUCUGCUCGUUGUAUUUGACGGCCCGCAUUCUACCAUAAAAUUACUUAAAUAGAGUGUUCUGAUAAAAAGAUAAUAAAUGAUUUUUUAUGCAACAAAUUUUAAUCCAACACGCCAAGUUUCUAGUUAUUGAUUCAAACUCAUAGUGCUCUAAUCAUGUUGUGCAGAUUUACUCUUGAAAAAGAACAAAUACAUAUAGAUAUAUAUUUCAAAACUUCCAGUUAAUUAGUUUGGGUUUUUCAACGUUGACAGAUAAAAAAUAAAUAUUAUUUAUUUUCUGAAAUAUGACAGAUAUAAUGAAAUAAAGAGUGAAUAUUAUACAAAAUGAACAUGCCAAAAAUAGUUACUAUUUACUCAAAACUGCCCACUUUUAUUACAACAAUGCUUUUGUGUUCACAGAUUUUACCUUAUUACUUGCAUAGUGAGGCCAAUAUCCUACGAGGAGGUUCGAACGGCUUCCGAGAGUGAAGGACAGCCAAAUUAUCGAUCAGCAACACAUCCCCUUUCUUCCAAGGGAAAGCACAGCUGUCCUCUUCCAAUAUUUUCAGGCAGUCGUAUAUUACAUGGGCCGGUAAUGGACUCCCAUUCCCAAAACUGACAGCCUUCUUGGGCUCGUUUCUUGCAUCCUCCCAGCCCGUGUAAGCAGCCACCAUGCUGUUGAACCAGAUCUUUCGCUGCCUGGUCUCGUCGUGCUUGAUUGCAGGGAUUGGGCCCAUUAUCGUCUUUACAUUCCCAUUCUCCAUCCAUUCAAGCUUCAUGUUUAACUUAGCGGCCCUGUUAAAGAUUCGCGAAAAUUUGAUUAGUUUUUGCUUUUUUUGGCAAAUAUUUUUCGUGAUAAGUAAGGAUGAAGUUUUUUCCAACCCCUGAAUUUAGUAAUAAUGUUUUGUGGAUGAAAACUUGAAACAUAAAUUUUCUCACGAUAAAGCAUUCUUGUUGUUUAUUUGUUUCCCCUAUUUUAGGGAGGGGACAAAAACAUCACGAAAAGUGGGACAAAAAUUAAAGGCAAAUUUCUUUUACACCUCCAAUUUGAAGAUUACAUCAAGCUUUUCAAGCAACUAGAUAACAAUGUAACUUUUUCACCCCAAAAAAAGCGAACGUUAUUGGAAUGGUUCGCAUAACUGUCGCAU